UCUUCUUCACCACUCUACCAUAAAACCCUAAACCUAAAAAAACAAAAACACAGUUCUUUUCCACCCUUUUCAAUGGCGUCGGCCUUGAUCACAGUUUUACUAGCAAUUCUUGCGACGGGUGUUGUGGUUUCGGAGGCCACGUCACGUGGAAACCUCGCCAUGGACAAAGCCGAGUCGAUAUCGAGGAAACACGAGAAAUGGAUGACUCGUUUCUCUCGUGUCUACAGCGACGAAUCCGAAAAAAAUAUGAGGCGAAAUGUGUUCAAGAAGAACUUGGAGUUCAUCGAGAAAUUCAACAGAAACGGAGAAAAGGGCUUCAAGCUCGGGAUCAAUAGGUUUUCGGAUUUGUCCGAGGAAGAGUUCCUUGCCUCUCACACGGGAUUCAACAACGGAAUGGACGUAGUUUCUACGUCAAAGACCGAGGAAAGGGUGUCGUUUAGGUAUGGGAACGUGAGCGAGGUUGGUGAGAAUAAGGACUGGAGAAGCGAAGGAGCUGUUACCAGUGUCAAAUACCAAGGCCCGUGUGGUAAGCUUUGGUCCUCGCCGGUGGCGGCUGUGGAGGGCAUCACGAAGAUCACCACAGGCAACCUCGUAUCACUAUCAGAACAACAGCUAGUAGACUGCGACACUGAGCAUGACAGCGGCUGCAACGGUGGGAUUAUGACGGAAGCUUUCGAUUACAUUGUUCGAAACCGAGGCAUCGCCUCUGAAAACGGUUACCCUUACGAAGCAACAGAGCGAACGUGCCGCCCCCACGUCGGACCCGCCGCUCGGAUCAGAGGGUAUGAGACUGUCCCAAGCAACAACGAGGAGGCAUUGCUCAAGGCGGUGUCACAGCAACCAGUCUCGGUGGCAUUAGACGCUGGCGGGUUAGGGGUUAUGCAUUACAGCGGAGGAAUAUACGACGGGGAAUGCGGAACAAAUCUGAAUCACGGGGUAACGAUCGUCGGAUAUGGGACGAGCGAUGACGGGAUCGAGUAUUGGUUGGUGAAGAAUUCGUGGGGAGAAACUUGGGGAGAGAAUGGCUACAUUAGGAUCAGAAGAAAUGCGGGUUCUCCCCAAGGAAUGUGUGGUUUGGCUAUGGAAGCCUAUUAUCCAGUGGCUUAAAGUAUGAUGCAAAGUUAUGAAG